CGCCCGCAACAUGAGAGUUUAUACAAAAGCCCAGAAGGAACUCAUCGUCGACGAGGUCCCACAGCCCUUGCCAGCUCUACUCCGUGUCUGCCGUCUGGCCCGUCAGGAACUUCGCCCUAUGGUUUACGAGAACAACUGCUUCUACAUCACCAUCUACUCGAUCAGGGAUCUUCUCCACACCAUGGACCUGCUCAAUAACUCUACAUGUUCGAGCCCGUUUUAUUUCAUGAAUGGAUCUCAGAUGAUGAAACACAUCCGCAUCAGAGUUGACGAGCUCAUCAUCGACCUUCGAUCGAUACAUUCCAAUGACACACUGUUCGUACUUCAAUUCUCAGAAUCGUCUCCUAUCUGGUUCGGUCCUGGCAAGUCGCUCCGGAGAAGCAGGACGGACAUGGCAAGGAUGAUCAAGGCAUACGCGCGUGCCGUCCGAUUCUGGAUCAGCGUCAGAGAUGUGUCGGAUCUUCUGAAAUGCAUUCUUGUCGACAGCGCAUCGGAUCCAAUUCUCUUGAACAGACUCUUGCCGUGGUACCACCGUGGUCGCAAAGCGCCCAUAUCGCGGCUUCCGCCUGUUUGAACCCCAAAGAUACCCUCCCC